AUGGAUGCAAGAUGGGCGGACGAACAGCAAGAGAAGAAAACAGGGAGUAAAAAAGCAAGUCGUCUCACCUCGAUUACUGGCAAGCUCAUCUUCUUGCGCCCGCUCCGUGGAGAGCUAGGCGAUGAUUGGAACUGCAUGUGCUUCGCGGGGAAGGGCAGUGCUGGAUCUCGAUGCGGGCGUGGCUGUUGUCCGCCAAAGCCCAAUACUGUAUGGGUACGGUACAGUGACGCCGCGUUUGGUAGUAGCAGCAGCAGUAGUAGUAGUAGUGGUCAGGGUGGAGAUAUGACGCUCGUCUGGAUAUUUUGGCGUGCCGCGUCGAGAACGUCGCAGGGUAUAGUGAUGGUGGUGGUGGUGGUGGUGGUGGUGGUGCUGCUGCUGUGGCUAGCCCAGAGCGAGCAAGGGUUUGCCGCCGGACGUGGACAGAACGGGGUGUGCUUGGGUGGGUGUAGGGCUAGUAGGGUGUAG